UUGCCUUCCAAGUGCAGCAUCUGCACCAAGUAGAUAUUAACAAAAUAUUUGUUGAACUGGACUAUUGAACUGAACUUGGAAAUAAAGCUCUUUGCAAAAUGAUUUACUCUUCAGCAAGAGGUAGUAGGUAAUAUGUUUAAAGUGAGAGGAAUUAAAUCACCCAUAAUUUACUCUUCUUUUUUUCUGCAGGUUUCUGAGAUAGGUACAUGAAGGAGAAUGAACCCUAGUCUGAUUAUGGACUCAGGAAAAAAUUCCUUCUGACACAAAGGGGAAAAUAAACUGGUGGAUAUUCUUCAGGAAUGAUGUCCUUUUGCCAUGAUAUAAUUAAUGUUUCCUGUGUGAAAAGCUACUGGUCAAAUGACAUCCGUGCUACCCUGUACAGUUUAAUGGCACUCAUAAUUCUGACCACACUGGUUGGCAAUCUGAUAGUUAUUAUUUCUAUAUUACACUUCAAGGAACUUCAUACCCCAACUAAUUGGCUCCUUCAUUCCAUGGCCUCUGUAGACUUUCUGUUGGGCUGCCUGGUCAUGCCUUACAGCAUGGUGAGAUCUGUUGAGCACUGUUGGUAUUUUGGAGAAGUCUUCUGUAAAGUUCACACCAGCACUGAUAUUAUGCUGAGCUCAGCAUCCAUUUUCCACUUGUCUUUCAUUUCCAUUGACCGCUACUAUGCUGUGAGUGACCCAUUGAGAUACAGAGCCAGGAUCAGUAUCUUGGUUAUUUUUGUGAUGAUCUUCAUUAGUUGGAGUGUCCCUGCUAUUUUUGCAUUUGGAAUGAUCUUCCUGGAGCUAAAUAUCAAAGGAGCUGAAGAGAUAUAUUACAAACACAUUCACUGCAUGGGGGGUUGCUCUGUCUUCUUUAACAAAACAUCUGGGGUAUUGGCCUUCAUGACUUCUUUUUACAUACCUGGAUCUAUUAUGUUGUGUAUUUAUUAUAGAAUAUAUUUCAUAGCUAAAGGGCAGGCAAGAUCAAUUAACAAUACAAAUCAGAAGCUUCAAAUUGGAUUGGGAGAGAAAAAUGGAAUUUCACAAAGCAAAGAAUGGAAAGCUGCAAAGACAUUAGGGAUUGUGAUGGGAGUGUUCCUGAUGUGCUGGUGCCCGUUCUUUGUCUGCACAGUCACAGAUCCUUUUGUGGACUACACUAUCCCAACCACCUUGAAUGAUGCAUUGAUUUGGUUUGGCUACUUGAACUCUACUUUUAAUCCAAUGGUUUAUGCUUUUUUCUAUCCCUGGUUCAGAAGGGCAUUGAAGAUGAUUUUAUUUGGUAACAUUUUCCAAAAAGAUUCGUCUAGGUGUAAAUUAUUUUUAGAAUCAAAUCCAUAGAAGUAUUAUGUUUGACUAUUUUGCCAAAGAGCAGGAGGUCAUAUUUAUGAACACAACUUAAGAAUACAUGCACCAACUGCAUGGAUCUGUUGUUAGUUCUUUGAGUCAAAGUAUGUAUGGUGAGUUAAAUCAUGAUGCCUACAUCUAGUUUCUUAUUUGGGGCAUAGUAAGUGUGAUUUAUGUCAUUCUUACUAUACAUAUCGAAGGUUUGC